UGUUUCCAUGUGUUCUUUUCUUUUCACUCUUCAAAACGUCUGUCGUUCCAUUCAUGCUUGGUCCAUGUGUUCGUGAGUAUCGGCUACAUUGAUCUGGGACUAAAGGUUGAUACUCGAAAAUAUAGAUUGCGUUCAGUGGAAAAUCAAAAUGACAGGGAUGCCAUUUCGCAAGUUUUGGGACUUGUACCUUCAUACUUUGAACAAGAAUCCUUUGACCACUCAGAUUGUUCAAACUGGGGCUCUCAUGGGUGCGGGGGAUGUGAUUGCUCAAAAGGUGCUUGAGAAGAAAUCCAAGUUUGACACAGCACGCUGUCUACGAUUUGUGGCUUUAGGAUCGUUCAUGGUGGCUCCCACAAUCCGCGUAUGGUAUUUAUCUAUGGAGCGUCUGGUGGGUCCCUCCGUUCCCAAGAUUCGAGCCGCCCUCUCGAAAGUUGCUUUAGAUCAAGGCUGUUUUGCUCCCACGUUCAACGCCGUGUUUCUAUCGGUAAUUGGCGUGUGUCAAGGCAAGAAUUGGGAACAAGUGAAGGAGAAACUGAGUCGCGAAUAUCGCGAUGUGAUGCUUACUAACUACACGAUCUGGCCCCCGGUUCAGAUGAUCAAUUUCUUUUUCGUACCCUUCCUUCUCCGGCCUUUAGUUGUCAGUAUUAUCGCUUUAGUGUGGAAUACUUACUUAUCUUUUAAGAGCAAUUAAGGAUUUAGUCAAUUUUUCAUAUAAUGCGCUGUGUGUUUUGUUUAGUCUGUCAACUUUGUGAUAGAAACGUUAUUUUGAAAUGAAAUCAAGCUAUUUCAAUAAAUACGUCGUCUUGUA